GGCCCUUUUAUCAACAUAUCUUAGCGUGAUCUUACGUAAGAUUCGUAGGAUUUUGACGUACGCUUAUCGUAAGUACUGCGAACCGUUUUAUCAAAGAAAUCGCAGCUAAGAUGUCGUAAGAUUUGUGCUGAAAGCUACGACUGGGUAAGACCACUCUUAGCGUUCGUAAAUUGUACUAAACAUGGCCGCCGCACGUGCUUUAGACGAUGGUUAACCAAGAGAGAUGAGACCACUCUUAGCGUUCUUAUUAUGGCGGCCAUAGGAGCGUUAGACGUCGCACGACCGAGAGAAAGGAGGCUGUUUCGACAAAGAAAGGGGUUCAGUGAUCUUAGAGACGCUGAAAUAUUGAGUCGCUAUCGAUUAGAUCGACAAUCCAUUUAUCGGCUUGUCGAUUUGUUAAGGGACGAUCUACAAAAACCGACGAGAAGAUCGAAGUCCAUACCUGUCCUAACGCAGGUGCUUGUGAGUCUAAGGUACUUGGCGAAAGGUGAUUUUCUGUCUGAGGUUGCUGACCUUCAUGGAAUUAGCAGGUCCAGUGCAUGCAAUAUUAUUGCAGCCUUUGUUGAUGCUGUUAAUUUAAGAAUUGAUAAUGUAAAGUUUCCAACUGGAAUUGCACUUGCUUCUGUCAAACAAGGAUUUUUUCAAAAAUGUGGCAUUCCAAAUACAAUUGGUGCAAUUGAUGGAACACUCAUUCCAAUAAUUGCCCCAGCAGCAAAUGAAGCCAUUUAUGUGUGUCGUAAAGGCUUCCAUGCCAUAAAUGUCCAAGCAGUUGUGGACCACAAGGCCAGGUACAUUGCGUUAAGCUUAUGA